GACUGGUUUGUACGUUUUACUCAACAAUCGGCGGAAUGAAAGCAGUACUAAUGACUGACGUGUUCCAGUCUUUGCUGAUGUUCAUCGCCGUAUUUAGCGUCAUCGGAAGCGCACUUUACGAAACGGGAAGUUUCUCGGAAAUUUGGCGAAUAGCAGCCGAAGGCAACAGAACCGACUUACUCAACUUCAAUCCGGACCCAACAGUGCGCCACUCUUGGCUCAGUUUGAUUCUGGGAGGAGGCAUCACUUUCCUCUCAUUGUAUGCGGUUAAUCAGAUACAAGUGCAGCGUUAUCUGACUAUUAAGGAUCUGAAACGUGCCCAAUUUGCUCUAUGGUGGAACUGGCCAAUAUUAACUUCGCUCAGUUUGUGCACAUCGUUUGCUGGACUGUCGAUUUACUCCAAAUACUACAACUGUGAUCCUGUAUCUGCCCAGUAUAUCAGUAGUAUAGAUCAGCUGAUGCCAUACUAUGUGGUGGACACCAUGGGCCACAUUCCUGGACUAUCUGGACUGUUUGUUGCUGGAAUAUUCAGCGCCGCUCUAUCCACGGUUUCAGCUGCUCUCAACAGCUUAGCUGCUGUGACGAUGGAAGACUAUUAUAAACCACUUCAUAGAGUAAUCUUCAAAAAGAGCCUCUCGUCCAAUUCCGCAUCGGUUCAGACCAAAAUCGUCGCCCUGAUUUACGGGGUUAUCUGCAUAGGAGUGGCGUUUUUGGCGCAGUUUUUAGGGGGAAUUCUUCAGGCUGCCCUCACCAUUUUUGGAGUAGUCGGAGGGCCGCUUCUGGGCUUGUUUUCCUUGGGGAUGUUCACACUUGUCGCGAAUGAAGAAGGCUCUGUAGUUGGUCUUUUUACCGGCAUCGGUAUAGCGCUGUGGAUGGCGUUCGGCCCAAAGCCCACUCCAGCCACUCUUUUCACUUUUGCUUGCAGCAACUACCUAUGGAUUCACAGAGUAUCUUACUUAUACAAUGGAGUGGCCGGAUUUCUGAUCACUUUCAUUCUCGGAUAUCUGCUGAGUUGGAUUAUUCGGAAAAUUAAACGGACGCCAGUGCAGAAUGAACGAUACGAUCCCAACCUGUUUGUGCCGCCACUGGCCAACAAGUUGCAAAAAGCCAAACAAUCGGAAACACGUUUAGAGGAUAUUUCCGACUUGAAUCGGAAUGGAAAGUCGGAUCAAGGGAAAAUUGAAACUAUUUUCAAGUAGCCAGGUGCCUGAUGUUGUCUAGUCUCUAAGUUCGGGUGAUUUAAUAUCAUUUGAGAAACUCAUUUGUGUUUCUUUUUUAAUAAAGAUAACACUGAUUGUGGA